GUCGCAGCAUUCGCUCGUCGCCUUUCGGCAGUUGUCGGCGGACCGGCCGGACGAGCGAGCGUGUUCACGUUGGUCGUGUCGUUGCGAUCACUUAAAUGUCAAAUCCAAUGAUUCCGAAAGUCAGUUUGACAUGUGCACCGCGACAUCGUAAACAUUAAUAAUGUAGCGCGUUUAAACUUCUCGUUAAAUUAGAUCGGCUAAUAUUUAGCGUUUUCCAAUGAGAAUUCCCGUAUAAACAGAUUCGUUUUCGUUUGUGAUCGUGUUUUGCCAAUCCGCACCUAAUGUGCCGCGGUCCUGCGAACGUUUCAGCUUCGGUUCGAUGGACUAUGGCAGGAUCUGAUGCUGGGCUGUUCUGGAGGGAGUACUUAAUAUAGGAUGUCAAAGUGAUUCACAAUGGACCGCGUGAGUGGAGUGUGUCGGUUCGGCGGAGUGGUGUCUGCGGUCAGCAGGAGGAGCGGGCGCAGCCGCCGGCGGCUGGCGAGCUCGGCCCCUGUGCCCGACUGCAGGCCGGAGACCCCGCGCCGAGGGCUCGGCGCCGUGCUUAUCCUCACCUGCAUCGUCGUCUACCACAACUGCCUCUACUGCGGUUUCGUGUUCGAUGAUAUCAAUGCUAUAAAAGAAAAUAGAGACUUGAGACCUCAGACACCAAUCUCGAACAUCUUCCUGAACGACUUUUGGGGAACACCCAUACAUAAGGAGCAGUCACAUAAAUCGUACCGCCCUCUGACGGUGCUGACGUUCCGAUGGAACUACGCGGUGCACGGGCUGCACCCGGCGGGGUACCACCUCGUAAACCUGCUGCUCCAUGCACUUGUGUCGCUCUUGUACUACAAAGUGUGCGCAAUGUUCCUGCCGGAGUUUGCAAGUUUCGUGGCGGCCAUGCUGUUUGCCGUGCACCCGAUACACACCGAGGCGGUGACGGGCGUGGUGGGUCGAGCGGAGAUGCUAUCCUCCGUAUUCUUCCUCGGAGCUCUGCUGUGCUACGCUCGGGCUGCAAGCAGGAGGAGAUGUACAGACUGGCGCUACGUGGCCGCGUGCGCAGUGUGCGUGGGCGUGGCCAUGUUGUGCAAGGAGCAGGGCAUCACCGCCACCGGCGUGUGCGUCGUGUACGAGCUCUUCGUGGCGCAGAAGCGCCGUGGAACCAGCGGUGGCAAUCGUUGGUCGUGGCUGGAGGCGUGGGGCAAAGGCUCGGGUUGGGGCUAUGCGUGCGGCGAGGCCGCUCGGCGCGUCGUCACCCUGUGCUGCGCCAGCCUCGCCCUGCUGGCGGCAAGGCUGCACGUGAUGGGCGCUCAGCUGCCAGUGUUCACGAGAUUUGAUAAUCCAGCCGGAGCCACUACUGGACCUGCUAAGCAUUUGACAUUCGCUUACCUGCCCGCGCUGAACGCGUGGCUCCUCGCGCUGCCCGAGGCCCUGUGCUGUGACUGGACGAUGGGCACGGUGGCGUUGCUCCAAUCGUGGCAAGACCCUAGGAAUCUGGCCACCGCGGCGCUGUUCAUUGGCUUGUUGGUCGCCGCGAUCCACGCGCUGCGGACACGGUGUACUGCUUUGUCUAUGGGCCUAGCGCUCCUGGUUCUGCCCUUCUUGCCAGCGUCCAAUCUCUUCUUCCCGGUGGGGUUUGUGGUGGCCGAGCGCAUCCUCUACAUGCCCUCGAUGGGCUGGUGCAUGCUGAUCGCCCACGGGUGGCGUCUGGCCGCCAAGAAACACGCCAAGACGGCCGUGGCUGCACUCAUAUUUAUACUCUUCGCCUUUAGUAUCAAGACUUACGUCAGGAACUGGGAUUGGAAGACUGAAUAUUCUAUUUUCGCUUCGGGGUUAAGGGUGAAUCGCAACAACGCCAAGCUGUAUAACAACGUUGGUCACGCUUUAGAAGCGGACGGGCGAUACACGGAAGCCUUGGAAUUCUUCAACACGGCCGUGAGCGUCCAACCGGACGACGUCGGCGCCCACAUCAACGUCGGCCGCACCUACAACCAUCUCGGCAAAUACCAAGAAGCCGAAGAAGCCUAUAUGAAAGCCAAGUCUUUACUACCUAAAGCUAAACCCGGCGAGUCCUACCAGGCCAGAAUAGCCCCCAACCAUCUAAGCGUGUUCCUGAACCUUGCUAGCUUGAUAUCCAGGAAUGCCACUAGACUGGAAGAGGCAGAUAUGCUGUACAGACAGGCGAUCAGCAUGAGGGCGGACUACACUAGGGCGUAUAUCAAUAGGGGCGACAUUUUAAUAAAGUUGAAUAGGACGAAAGAGGCGCAGGAGGUGUAUGAAAAAGCGCUUCUGUAUGACAGCGGCAAUCCGGAUAUCUAUUACAAUCUGGGCGUGGUCCUGCUGGAGCAAGGCAAGGCGUCGCAGGCGCUGGCGUAUCUGGACAAGGCGCUGGAGCUGGAGCCCGAGCACGAGCAGGCGCUGCUCAACUCCGCGAUCCUGCUGCAGGAGCUCGGCGCCGCCGACCUGCGCCAGGUGGCGCGCCAGCGCCUGCUCAAACUGCUCGACAAGGAUUCAACGAACGAGCGCGUGCACUUCAACCUGGGCAUGGUGUGCAUGGACGAGGGCGACGCGGAGUGCGCGGAGCGGUGGUUCCGCGCGGCCGUGCACCUGAAGCCGGACUUCCGCUCCGCGCUGUUCAACCUGGCGCUGCUGCUCGCCGACCGCCGCCGCCCGCUCGAGGCCGCGCCCUUCCUCAAGCAGCUGGUGCGCCACCACCCCGACCACGUCAAGGCGUUGGUGCUGCUCGGAGACAUCUACAUCAACUCCGUCAAGGAUCUGGACGCCGCCGAGAGCUGCUACCGGCGCAUCCUGGAGCUGGAGGCGGACAACGUGCAGGCGCUGCACAACCUGUGCGUGGUGGCGGUGGAGCGCGGCGCGCUGGCGGCGGCCGAGGAGUGCCUGGCGCGCGCGCAGGCGCUGGCGCCGCACGAGCACUACAUCGCGCGCCACCUGGCCGUGGUGCGCGCGCGGCGCCAGCAGGCCGCCCCCUCCCCCCCCGCCCCGCCCGCCCCGCCCGCCGCCGCCGAGGUGCGCGCGCGCUGGAACUACAUCCCGCAGCAGCCGCCCGACCCGCACGAGGCCGACCCCGAGUAGAGCCCCGCCCGUCCGGUCUCCGCGCGGAGGCGUUCCGUUGACGAUCAGGGUAUUGAAAAUUAAAGGUCGCCCCGCUCUCUCCGAUCUGAAUGUGACAUAUUGCUAAUGACGAGCCUUCGUCUCUCCCGAAUCGUAACUGGGCAUUUUCAUUUAACUUGUACUUAGCGCGUCUAACCGUUAAAUUCCUGUAAAAUGUAUGGGAUUUGACAUUGACCGUCAGUUUUGUAACGAUUGCUAACCGUACGUUAAAGGUGCACAGUUAAGUGAAAAUGCCCACCUGUAAAAAUCUCUAUUUCUCGGUACCGCUCUGUGAGGGGACGAGUCGAUUAAUGGACCGCUAAUGUCGGCUCCUAGUGGCCGGAGAGGAUUCCGGUACUAUCUUGUUAUAAUAAAUGCGAAGUCGGGUCGAUACCUUAAAAAAAUACAAGACAAGACUGAGACUUCACAAACUUAACUAAAUAAACGUCGUCUAAAUAAUUAGUCACCCCACUUUCGAAAACAUCUCUAUCUGCAGACAAGCGCCCGUUAAAUUGUCUCGUUUCUGAUGUACCGCUUCACUAUUUGGAACUACUAAAUUUCACCAUUGUAUUCUAACUCGAAAUUAUUAUAAUCAUUGCAGUAUUUUGGCUGUUAUUAUUAGUGAUUUAUUGAUCUCAUAAAAUAUUAAUUUGCAUACGACGCCUUUGAAUAUUGUUAAUAUGUACUUAAAAGUUGGACAAGCUUCGUCAUUAGCCCGGUAUACGGUAUCUGUGCGUAGAUAUGAUUUAUAAUAACUGUUUAUAGGCAUAAUAGAUGGGAUUUGUAUCAUUCCAAUUAUAAUCUAUUUAACUUUGUCUAGUCAAGAUGCAAUCGCAUUUGAUAUUAUUUUGGACUUAUUUUUAAUGCAUUUACGGAUAAGUGAUUUAAAACGAUUCAUUGUUGUAAUACGUUGAACAACCUAUGCUUGGAAUAGACGUUGGGAGUAGCAUUUAGAUGAAUGUGCCCCGCAUUAAGCCAACCCAUUUUAAUAAGGCUAUACAAUAAACCUAGAUAUAAACAAGUUUCUGUCUCAAUACUUGUGAACAUGUUUAAUAUUAACUGCAUAAUAAAACGGCGAGAUGAUCAAUGAUAGGACUUCUUUUACACAGAUGGAAGUAGCGAAGAGCGUUCAAUGUAUCUAUAACAAACUACGCAAUUUGAUUCAAUAAGUACGCGAAGGAUUAAACCAGAGACAGUGAUGUUAAAUAGAAAUUUCAUUUAUAAUUAGACAUUGGUCUAAGUUUUGGGCUUAUAACCGGCGUGUGGGUAGCUUAGCCAGAGCUUACUUUGCGGCAGCUACGAUAAGAUAAUAUAUUCAAGUCUCUAAGGUCAGGCCAAAGAUAGUGAGCUGUCGAACUGCUAACGAUCGGUUUGACGGCCGGAAUAAGGUGCGGUACAAGACGAGGUGGUAGGAAUGGCAAGAAAAGUCCUAGUUAAGGUUAAUUAUUUUCGUAAAGGCAAAUGUUACUGUGUAAUGGGUAAAUAAAGUGAUCGACCGUUGUUAGAUUUAGAUGUGAAAAAUGUAAUGUUGUUCAUGUUUUAAGAUAAAAGUAACUUUUGUAAAAACUGAAUUUUUUACAAUGUCUUGAAACAUUUCUGGUGGGAACUCUGUAGGGUGUCAAUGAUUUGUAAGGACCCCAAUAUUAUAAACUAUUUGUCGUCAAAACGUUUAUUUUUAUAAAAUAAAAUGAUGUUUCGAACAAGUC